AUGAGACGCCUCCGGAUUGGAGUCGAUGUUGGCGGUACCAACACCGACGGCGUCAUCCUCGAUCCAGAGGCGUCAUCGUCACCGGACAAGGGCAUCUUGGCGUGGCACAAGGCUCCGACGACCACGAACCCAAGCGUCGGCAUCAAUAAUGCCAUCACGGCCAUGUUCGAGUCGGCCAAGAUCAAGCCGGAGCACGUCGCCAGUGUCACGAUUGGCACGACACAUUUCGUCAACGCCGUCGUCGAAAGAGACGCGUCUCGUCUAUCUCCCGUAGCCGUCAUCCGCCUCUGCGGCCCAUUUUCCAAGCAUGCGCCUGCGUGCGUGGACUGGCCGGAUGACAUGAGGCAGCUGAUACUGGCCCAUUUCGCGCUGCUAAAAGGCGGCCUGGAAGUGGACGGCACGCUCAUCUCGGACAUAGACGAGACAGAAAUCAAGGCAGAGUGCGCAAAGAUCCGCGAAAAGGGCAUCCGAAGCAUCGUCCUGAACGGCGUCUUCAGCCCAAUCGACACUGUUGAGCGGCAGGAGGAGCGGGCGGCAGACAUCAUCAAGGCCGAGCUCCCUGGCUGCGACGUAGUCUGCUCCAAGGACAUUGCAAACCUCGGCUUCUUGGAGCGCGAGAACGCAUCUAUACUCAACGCCUCUAUUCUGUCGUUUGCGAGGAAGACCAUCAGAUCUUUCCAGGAGCCCGUCAAGAAGCUGGGCCUUGAUUGCCCCGUCUUCGUAACGCAAAACGACGGCACCGUGCUUGCAGGGGAGACAGCUGCACGCCUUCCAAUCCGGACCUUCUCGAGCGGCCCGACAAACAGCAUGAGGGGUGCGGCGUUCCUGGCCCAGGGCGAACUGUCUGAAGCAAUCAUGGUCGUGGAUAUCGGAGGUACAACGACCGACGUCGGGCUCCUCCAGGCCAACGGUUUUCCGCGGCAACAGGCUGCGUACAGCGACCUUGCGGGCAUUCGCAUGAACUUUUCGUGCCCCGACGUCAAAAGCAUCGGCUUGGGCGGCGGCUCCAUUAUCAGGACCGAGAACGGCCUCACCGUCGGCCCGGACAGUGUGGGCUACAAGCUGCAAGAGGAUGCACUCGUCUUUGGCGGAAAAGUCCUCACCGCUACAGAUUGUACGAUUCUUGCUGAUCCCAGCCUCGAUAUUGGGAACUCGGAGCUCGUGAAGGGGGCUCUGCUACAGCAUCAGCUCGACACGUUCAAAGACAUUGUCCGCGCAAAGCUGGAGAAGAUUGUUGACAAAAUGAAGACGUCUCCCGGAGACGUGCCCGUGUUAGUACUGAAGCCCAAGUGGUCUCAGGUGGCCAACGCCAUCGGUGCCGCCAUUGCCCGAGUCAGCGCCGUUGUCGACAUUGUCAAAUCCACGGAGAACAAGUCCACGAGCGAUUUGCUGCAGGAAGUGAGCCAGCAGGCAAUACAAAAGACCAUUGCCGCUGGCGCGCUUCCAUCCUCGGUGGAGGUUGUUGAACAGGAUACACUUCCGCUACAGUAUAUUGCCCACAAGACUAGAUUUAUUGUUCGUGCAGCUGGUGACUUCGACCUGUCACAGAGUGGGAUUGCCACCGUGCCACAGGAGGACCCAUCCGAUAACGCCCAAGACAUGAGCGAAUACGAUAGACAGGCGAGCGGUCAACAGUCAAAGAAGAGCACCAAGGCUGAUGAAGAGAUAGAUAUUGCAGCAUACAGACCUAAAGUCAAGGAUCGUGUGUGGUAUGUAUCCGAAACUGACCUCGACUGGGUCACCAUCGGAUGCUACAUCCUCGGCACCGGAGGAGGCGGGUCGCCAUAUUCUCAUAUGGUGCGGCUUCGGUCGGACCUUCGCAAGGGCGCUAUAGUCCGCGUCGUGAAUCCACACGACUUGAAAGACGAUGAUCAGGUCGGGUGUGGUGGCGGCGUCGGCAGCCCGACGGUGGGCAUCGAAAAGCUCGCUGCGGACGAGCUUAUGGAGGCUCAGACGGAGCUCUAUAAGGUCCACGAUCGCCCGGCAACUCACAUGAUUGCCAUCGAAAUUGGCGGCGGCAACGGCCUGCAGGGCAUGCAACUCGGAGCGAGCAACUACAUGAAUCUUCCGGCCGUCGAUGGAGACUGGAUGGGCCGCGCAUAUCCGACCAAGUGGCAGACCACCCCCGUUGUCUUCAACGAGCGAAGCCCAAUCUGGUCCCCGAUUGCCAUGUCCGACGGAAACGGCAACGUGGUGUUGAUGCCAAGGGCCAGCUCCGACCUGCAAGUAGAGCGAAUCUUGCGGGCUGCACUCAGCCAAAUGGGCUCGCAUACAGGCUGCGCCGAGUCGCCCGUGACCGGAGCAGAGACGAAACGAUGGGUCGUCGAGCACACGAUAUCGCAGGCGUGGAGAAUCGGCCGUGGCGUCGCUCGUGCACGAAAGGAGAAUCGCGUCGACAAUGUGGCCGAGACGAUUAUCGAAGAAUGCGGUGGCAAGGGCGCGGGUAAAGUGCUUUGGAAGGGGAAGAUUGUCGGCAUCGAGCGGAGACUCAGAGGCGGCUACGUCUACGGCGAGUGCUUCAUCGAGGGUGCCAACGUCUGUGACGAAGAGGGCGUCGUGUCCACCGACGACCGCAAGGCCGCAGGCGCGUUUCGAGGCACCAUAAAGAUUCCGUUUAAGAACGAGAACAUUGCGGCCCUCCGGGUGCGGGACGAUGGGGCUGAGGAGAAGCAGGAAGAUGUGCUUGCCAUCGUGCCGGACCUGAUCACCGUCAUCGACGCGCAGAGUGGCGAAGCUAUCGGAACCCCUGAGUAUCGCUACGGACUGUUUGUCGUCGUGCUCGGACUUGCGGCGAGCGACAAAUGGACCGGCACGGAGCGAGGCGUCAAGAUAGGGGGCCCGGAGGGCUUCGGCUUCGACCAUCUCACCUACACUCCCCUUGGAAAGUUCGUCAAGCCGCGGAGCGUGAUAGACGAGUUUGACGAAGGACCAGGGUCGGCAUGA